ACUGCGUUCUUCUGAGCCACCCAAACCUCCAGGCAGCCUGGAUUCCAGGGAUAGGAGAGCUACUGAAGAAUGGGCACCACAGCAGUGAUCACACCUUCUCUUGUUUGGGGGCUGCUAAGUUGCUGUUUCCUCUGCAGCUGGGCUCUGGGGAGCCAAUGGUCCUUCCGCUCUCUGCCUCCACUACCCUCUCAAGCCAAGGCAGGACCUGGGCCCACGUGGAAGCCCCCACAGGGGGCCAAAGCAGCCCUGGCUUUUCUCUACUCGGGAGACAUUCAACAGCUGUCAGGGGCUAAUUGUAGUGAGAGUUAUGAAGUCCAUGGAACAGAAGGCAGUGUGGGGAUCCCCCCAGUCCUACAGAGAGCAGCGGGCACCCUGGCCCAGGCUGCCAAUUUCCUCAACAUGCUUCUACAAGCCAACGACAUCCGGGAGUCGAGUGUGGAAGAGGACAUUGAGUGGUACCAGGCACUUGUCCGAAGUGUGGCAGAGGGGGAUCCAAAAGCCUACAGGGCUUUACUGACCUUUAACCCUCCACCAGGGGCCAGCCACCUUCAGCUGGCCCUGCAGGCCACCCGGAUGGGGGAUGAGACCAUCCUCCGGGACCUCUCUGGGAACAAGGUACAGGAAGGAAAUCCAGAAGAGGACCUGGACAGCCCUGCCCUGCAGAAGCGAGUACUGACCAAUGACCUAAGGAGUCUUGAAAGCCCCAAGUGGCCACGGGGGGAUGGGUACGUGGGGGACAUACAGCAGGUGAAGCUGUCUCCUCCCUUCCUGGAAUGCCACGAAGGCCAGCUCCGUCCUGGCUGGCUAGUCACAGUCUCAGCCACAUUCUAUGGUCUCAAGCCAGACCUCACCCCAGAAGUCAGGGGCCAGGUGCAGAUGGACAUCGACCUCCAAAGCGUGGACAUCAAUCAGUGCGCAAGCGGUCCAGGCUGGUACUCCAACACCCACCUGUGUGACCUCAACAGCACUCAGUGUGUCCCUCUGGAGAGUCAGGGUUUUGUCCUUGGCCGCUAUCUCUGUCGCUGCCGACCUGGAUUCUAUGGGGCUAGCAGUUCUGGGGGGUUAGAAGAGAGUGCAACUCAGACUGCUGGGCAAUUCGGGUCGCCUCAAGGCAGCUUAGGGAAGCUGCUGAGGUGCCAGCCAUGUCCUGAGGGUUGCACUAGCUGUCUGGAUGCCACGCCAUGCCUGGUGGAGGAGGCCCUAGCACUGAGGACGGCAGUGCUGGCCUGCCAGGCCUGCUGCAUGCUGGCUGUCUUCCUGAGUAUGCUGGUCGCCUACCGUUGCCGCAGGAGCAAGAGGAUCCGGGCAUCUGGAAUCUUCCUGCUGGAGACCAUCCUUUUUGGAUCCUUACUUCUCUACUUUCCUGUCUUCAUCCUGUACUUCAAGCCCAGUGUGUUCCGCUGCAUCGCUCUCCGCUGGGUCCGGCUGCUGGGCUUUGCCGUCGUCUAUGGGACCAUUGUACUGAAGCUGUCUAGGGUGCUCCAGCUGUUUCUGUCUCGAACAGCCCAGCGAGGCCCACACCCAAGCAGUGGGCAGCUGCUGCAGCGCCUGGGACAGCUCCUGUUGUUGGUAUUGGGUUUCUUGGUCCUGUGGACAGCUGGUGUCCUAGAGCCAGGCAUCCAGCACACGCCUCUGGUGACCCGAGGCCACACUCCCACCGGCCGCCACUUCUACCUCUGUCACCAAGACCACUGGGACUACAUCAUGGUUGUGGCUGAAAUGCUGCUGCUGUGUGGGGGCAGUUUCCUCUGCUACGCCACCCGGGCUGUCCCCUCAGCCUUCCAUGAACCACGCUACAUGGGCAUCGCCCUGCACAACGAGCUGCUACUCUCUACUGUCUUCCACACGGUCAGGUUUGCGCUGGUUCCUUCCCUGCACCCAGACUGGACCCUUCUCCUCUUCUUCCUCCACACCCAUAGUACAGUCACGGCCACGCUGGCUCUGCUCUUCAUCCCAAAGUUCUGGAAGCCAGGGGCGCCUCCCCGAGAGGAGAUCUUGGAUGAGGUGUAUGAAGAUGAGCUGGACCUGCAGCGCUCAGGCUCCUACCUCAACAGCAGCAUCGCCUCAGCCUGGAGCGAGCGAAGCCUGGACCCAGGGGAUAUUCGGGACGAGCUGAAGAAGCUCUAUGCCCAGCUGGAGGUCUGCAAGACCAAGGAGAUGACUGCUAACAACCCCCAUCUUCCCAAGAAGCAGAGAAGCUCACGCCAGGGACUGGGGCGCUCUUUCAUGAGGUACCUGGCUGAGUUCCCAGAGGCCCUGGCUAAGCAGCACUCCCGGGACUCCGGCUCUCCAGGCCACAGCAGCCUGCCAGGCUCUUCUCGACAGAGGCUUCUCAGCUCCAGCCUUCAAGAAACUGAGAAGCCCCCAGCUCUGCGCAAGACCCGCAGCACGUAUGACCACCACAGGGAGUAUAUCACACCCCUCCUUGACUCCACACUGAGGAGGACCUUGUCCAAGAAGUCCUCGACGUCAGAGGGCCAAGCAGAGGGGCCCCCAGCCCUGGGCUUCAGGUCAGCCAGUGCCCACAACCUGACCGUAGGAGAAAGGCUCCCCAGAGCCAGGCCUAUUUCUCUGCAGAAGUCACUUAGUGUUGCGGCUGGCUCCAGGGAAAGGGCUCUGCUUGUGGCCAGUCAGGCCUACCUGGAGGAAACCUAUCGACAAGCAAAAGAGAGAGAGGAGAGAAAGAAAGCUGAGGCAGUCGCAGUGAGCCCAGCGCCAAGCCCAGCGCUGAGCCUAGCACGCAGGCCAUCUGCCAGGAGGUUGGAGAGGCCUCUAAGGCCUCCUCUGUCAGCCCCACCAUCUCCUGCCAAGAGUAGCAGCCUUGACAGUUCUCAUACCCCGGGGAGGCCUCAGGAGGAGCCUGGGAGAAGGCUACCUCACCCACCCAUCCGGCACCAGGUCUCCACACCCAUCUUGGCUCUGUCUGGGGCCUGCCUGGGAGAGCCAAGAAUGUUGUCUCCCACUCCAACCUCCACGCUGGCUUCUGUUCUGUUGCCAACCCUGGCCCCACCCUCUACCCCUGUCCUGGCCCCACCCUCUACCCCUGUCCUGGCACCAGUCUCAUUGCCCCCCCAAAGCCCGCCCCUACUCACUUUCAUCUGCCCCUGGGAGAACGCAGAACUGCCAGGCAAAAAAGAAAAUGUGGUCCAGGAAGGUUCCACGGGGUCAGAGCAAAGCAGCCACCUACCUGCCUCAGCUCGGACCAGGAUCUGGAGGGCCCUCUCCGUGGCAAUGGAGAAAAGGGGGGCUGGAGAGAGUGAGAGGACCACUGAGGAUGGACAUGUCCAGGGGGAAACCGAUGACGUGGACGAGGACAAGCCCAAGGUCUUCUCAAAAUCCCACAGCCUCAAGACCCCCCUGCAGCAGGGCUCCGUGCGCAGCCUGGGCCUGGCCAUCAAAGCUCUAACCCGUUCUAGGAGCACCUACAAAGAGAAGGAGGGUGGGGAGGACAACCCUGAGACUGAGAAGGGAAAGCCUACAGGGGUGAGCAUGGGGGCUCCACCCCGAUCUCCCAGGCUAGGCCGGCCCAAGGCAGUGAGCAAACAGGCUGCCCUUAGCCCCUGUGAAGAUGAGGAGUCUCUCCAGAACCAACAGAAUGCUCACACCAGCAAAAUGCUCCAUGGCUGUCACAAAGAGGGCAGCAGAGGGCAGGACGAUAGGAACAAGAGGGCAUCACAGGGCCAAGGGGAGCAAAGAGUUGAGAGAACUGGUAAGCUAGGGCUUGCUACACUGAGGAAAGCUUUUGGGGACAAAAAUGCUGAACAAGUGAAGGAAUCCUCUGUGGGUGAACAAGAGGCAUCCAAUACUGCCCUUCAGCCCCUAGGCAGUGCUGACCACAGGGUGGCAGAGGUAUGCCCCUGGGAAGUACCUCACUCAGGAAUGUCCCAGUCAGAGAGUAGCAACAAGGCCACAGUCUGCCCCUGGGAGGGGACUGAAGGAAACCUUGAGAAGAUGCCAUCAAUACAAGUUCUAAGUCGCUCCUGGGAAGAGAAGGAGAAAGCCCCAGAGGUAUCAGAGCCCAGGGGUAUGGGUGCCAUUACUGGGAGAAAGCCGGAGAGGCUGAUCCGGAGCCAGGAGGCAGUGUGUCCUUGGGAAAAUGCCGACCCUAGAGGUCUAUCUCCACAGUUGGCCCAUCGGGAUUCUGACAGAACCCAGGGCAAGUCUGCAGUAGUGGGCAGUCCAGAGGGUCUUCCACCUGAGGCUGCCAAGGCUGAGCUGUGCCCCUGGGAACUGAGUGAUAUAGGGGAGGAGACAUUGCCCCAGAGAGUGAAGGAACUCCCUGAAGAAAAGCAGAAAUCCCCCAAGAAGGCAGCUCUCUGGAGAGAACAGAAUCUGGGCAGAGACCUGGUGUCUCUCUGUCCUUGGGAAAGUACAGAUUUUCGGGGUCCCUCAGCAGUCUCCCUUCAAGCCCCAGGAGGCUCAGGGAGUUCGGGCAGUGGUACUGCAGAGGUCUGCCCAUGGGAGACCUCUAAUGGCAAGAAAGCUGAGGUCUGCCCCUGGGAACUGGAAGCAGGCACAGACACACUGAAUCAGGGAGGGGAUGGGGAGACCGCCUCUAGAGAGGUAUACUUGGGAAAGAUGGGGGAGCAAACUGCUAGGGCAAAGGCUUCAGUCCAUCCAGGGCAGGAGUCAGUGUGCCCCUGGGAGGACGCAGCCCCUGAGCAGUCCAGCCCACAUCCAGACAGCUCCUCCUCCAAGGCUGGUGGGCAGUUCCUAAGCAGUGGGGCCAGCCAGGCCUUGCAAGAGUGUCACCGGGAAGAGCUCAAGUCAGAAGAGAAGCAGGCAAAGCCUUCAACAGCAGAAAUCUGUCCCUGGGAAGUAGAUGGAAGAACCGGGGACAGGACAUCAGAACACACACCAAAAAGAGAAUUUCAAAAAGACGGGGAAAAAAUACCUGGAAAAGCAAGAAUCCAAACAUGGGAAAAGACUGGGAGGCAGAUCCAAAAGCAGGAAGCGAUCUGCCCCUGGGAGAGCACGGACCUUGGUAGCACCCCACAAAAAGACACAGAGAAACCCCAAGCCAUUCUCCAGAGGCAAGGCAGUAUGGGAGGCAAAGCUGCUGAGAUCUGCCCAUGGGACAUGGGGAAGAGCCUGACGGCUGAGAAGGCCAAGAUCUGUCCCUGGGAAGUGGGUGCUGGCGCUGGAGAGGAGAGGACUGUGGGAGCUGGAGCCUCUGCAAUCUCUCUGAAUGACACAGGCCAGACUUCUGCAGAUUCUGGACCCAGGCAGAUAGCGGCUACUACUCCAAAUAAGUCAGAGAGGCCGAGCCUGGAGAAGGAGAUGGUCUGUCCGUGGGACAGUGUGGGCCCAGGGGACUCCUGUCAGCAGCCAGACACUCUGAGCACCGAGAAACCGAAAGAUGGGCUCCAGGAUGGUGUGAUCGCCAGGCCAAUAGAGGUGUGUCCCUGGGAAGUAGAGGAAGUUCCUAUCAGUGAAAAAGCCAAGAUCUGUCCCUGGGAUGUAAAUGAGGGAACCAAGGUGAAAAGCCUGGAGCGAGAGACAGAGAGUGAGCCAGCGGAGGAAGGACCAAAGGAUCUGGAAAAGGCGGCAGCCCAGGUCACCGAGGUCUCAGACUUGCCCAGCUGUCAAGUCGCAGACAGGCAGUCCUCCGAAGCAAGUGACAGGGUGACAGAUAUGGAAGUCCUGAGGGAAGAUCCGAAGACGGGUUCUCUCCCAGAACACACAACCCAAGGAAAAGCUGCAGCUUUGAAACCACAGUUCCCGGUGGAUGACAGAGGAACAAGCAAGGAGCUAGCCAGCCCCCAGACACUGGUCAGUGCGGACAGGAGGGUUGCUGAGGUGUGCCCCUGGGAUGCUCCUGUCCCAGAACAGAAUGAACCUGACAGUGACACCAAGGUUGAGCUCUGUCCCUGGAAGGUGACUGGGAGAAUUAUGGAGCCACAGACAUCAGGACCGGAUGAAAAGGAGGACUCUCAAGAGGAACAAGAAAGGGCCCCUGAAAAACCAGAGCACAAAGGGGUGGCAGUUCAGGAAACGCCACAGAUCAGUGGCCUUGGGAAGCAGGAAGCUAUCUGUCCCGGGGAGAGUCAGGACUUUGGGGUGCAACCAGCCACAGGUGCUUCUGACGGAAGCAAAGGCAGUUCUGAGAGAGUGGGCUCUGUGGGGUCCAGGGUGGCAAAAGUGUGUCCUUGGGAAGUAGAAGAGGUUCCCUCUGCUAAGAAUGCAGAGAUCUGCCCUGGGGAAACAAGUUCAGGAGCGGUGGUGGAGGGGGCACUGGACCAGGGGCAGGAUGGAGAGUCACGGGGAGCUGGAGGGGCUGAAGGAUGCUUUUUAGAAGCAGAAGGGACAGUCUACCCCUUGGAAGGCGCAGAAUCAGCAGAGCUCUUCCCUGAGGCAGAUACCCUGGACACAGACCACUGUCAGGUCAGCCCCCAUGGAGCAAGCAGUCCAGGGAAAAGGCCAGCAGAACUAUGUCAAUGGGAAGUCACAGACCCAGAAGGAAAUAAAAUCAAGGGCACCAUGGCAGAUAUCUGUCCAUGGGAGGAAACCAGAGCUCCAACUGAUGGAUCUGGCCUCCUGGCUUUACCGACAACCCAGACAGAUGUCCCUGCUGCUCCUGAGAACUCACUCUGCCUCUCUGUACACAGACCUUUGGAGAGCUUUGUUCCAGUGAGCAAGAGUGUCCGCCCAGAAGUGAGCAAGCCACCCAGUGCUUUUCUUUUGGAAGGUGUCAGAGAACAAGGACCUUUGGGACUUGAGCCCAGAGCCAAGUCAGCUCCAGAGCCCAGUCUCGAAGAAGUGGAGGCUCCAAAGUCUUCCUCCUUAACUGAAGACCAUGGACAAAUGGCUUCUGAAACUCAAGAUGGAGAACUUAGCCCCCCACCUGCUUAUCCUUGGGACUGUGAAUGAAACCGCCAUAGAGAGGUCAGAGCUCCUUCAGGACACGUCCCACAUGCCGGUUCCCAAAGAGCUGAUUCAAAGACUACAGACACUUGGCUACUCCUCUCCCCAAGAGGCCAGAAGGCAAUUCAUUCAAAAGGAACUGUACAAGAGGGGUGCAGUUUGAACCCUAAGGGACAGCCCAUCCUCUCUAUUCUCUUUCUGUUUGAGGAAACAAAAGCUGGAUCCUCCCCUUCCAAAGAACCCUGCCAUUUGUCCAGUGUACCUGACCCAAGCCAUUCAAGUCUGAACUCUCACUUAAAUGAAGCUUACCGAAGGCAGCAAAGAACUAAGCCACACAAGGCAGUGGCGAUUGGGAAACUGGGUGAGAGAAGGCUGUACAGCCACGUAAUUCAGGAUGAAAUGCAGGGCUAGAAUAUGGCUCAGUGGUUAGGAGCAUUCACUGCUCCUGCAUAGGACCUAGGUUUUGUUCUCAACACCCAGUCAAGUGGCUUACAACCACAGUAACUCCAGCUCUAGGGUAUUCCUCCAGUUUCUUCUUCUGGUCUCUGAGGUCACCUACAUUCAGGUGCACAUAUCCCCACAUAGACAGACAGAUAAACAUACACACAAAUUAAAAAAAAUUAUUUAAAAGAUGAAAGAUAAACUGGGCAGUGGUGGUGCACGCCUUUAAUCCCAACACUCAGGGAAGCAGAGGCAGGCGGAUCUCUGUGAGUUCAACGCCAGCCUGGUCUACAAGAGCUAGUUCCAGUUCCAAGACAGGAUCCAAAGUUACAGACAGAGAAACCCUGUCACACACACACAAAAAAAAGAUAAAUCAAAGGAAAAACAAAGACAAAAUAUGUGCCUGACUGACCUAGACCAUCUUCCCUGACACAUGGUUCCAUGGAGCCCAGGUUUGUCUAAGGCUGACCUUAAUCUUCUGAUCCUCCUGUAUCAACACUACCUGAGUUCCCGGAUGACAGGGCUGCAUCACUAUGCCCAGCGUACUCAGUGGUGGCAACUGAACCCAGAGCUUCCUGUAUGCAAGGCAAGCCCUGUCACCUGAACUAUAUCCCCAGCCCAGCCUUUGUGUUUCUGUGGGAAUGUGUGGUGCUGGGAAGUGAACCCUGGUCCUCAGGAAUAUUAGGCAAGCACCAUACUAAUAAGUCACACCCCCAGCUCAAGGGCCUUGUCUUUUGACUCAAAUCUCCUAGUUCUACUUUGUUGUCUCUCAUAUGUGCCCUGACUGACGGCUGAAGUCACAACAAUCAGACACGCUGACAUCUGUCACAGCUGGUGUCCACAGUGACAGCACAGGACAGAGACACUUUCUCGGGGUCCUCCCCACACUGGACAAGGCGCUCUCCCCUCCAGGUAUUCCGGGUAUCCUCAGUAAGCCUCCUGCUGGCUUUUUCAGCCAUCUCCUGCCCUGCUGUCUCUUAUCCUCUGCACAGCUUGCCACACUGCCUCCUUCUCCGCUAGUCUUUCUCUAGUCAGCAACAGGGCCCCUCUGUAGUGAAUGCAGGGGAGCAUUUACUACAAGGGGAGAUCUCUGGUUCUCAAGUGAACCACUCUGGCUCGCUUGCGCUCCUUCCCAGAGCAGCCUGGGAAAGAAAAGAGGUCCUGUUCACAGUCAGAAUUCCAACUGCUACCUUCAGAAGGAGCAGCGCUCCUGGACGAGUGAGAAGCCCGGGGGCUGGGCAAGGCACCAGGUGAACAAAAGCUCCUUCUCAAGGGUCCACUCUGCCUUGGCUCUCUUCUCAAGCGUCACUCAGGCUACCCUGCUUGAGCAGCGUGAGAUAACAGAGGGUUGCAGCUACAUGAUAUCACCAGAGGGAAACUAGGAAGGAGAAAGACGUGUAAAGAGAGCGAGACGACGGGGUGCAGCCAGGCAGAGUAAUGCAGCAGAGCUGGCUACACUUAAGACAACAACACAGAUCGAGACGCUGCUCAAGAGGUGGGAAACCCCAAGUGAGAUCAAAUGCCCAGGGAGCAAACCAGGAGUCUAUGCGCAAAUGUCGCACAGAAGCGGCUGAGUACUCCCUUUCCAAAAGGGAGCAGAGGAACAGUCACCUACUCUCAGACUUGGGGGGCCAGCUGUCCUCAUUCCCACACGGAGCCCUCCUAGCCACCCAGACCUCCUGCGCUGGAUUUCUAUAGCAGUAGGUUGUUCUGGGCUAUGUCUACUUAACCCACAACUUCUGAGCUACGGUAGACUUGGCUAACUGUGCACCCCAGGGCAAUCCCACUGGGUCUGGUCUAGCUGAAAGGUGGUCUAUCUCCGCAUUCGCUGUUAUAAUAGCCAUCCGGGAAAAUAAUAAAGACUGCUUGUUCCCAGCUACCGUACUCGGCACCUGUUUAUUUAUAAUGGUAGUUUUCUUUGUCGACAGAGACAGCAGAUGAGAGAACAGGGCCUGCUCCAACUGUGCCGGGUAGGGUUUUGGGUGGUCCGGCUUAUCCUCUCCCAGUGCCCAGAAUCACAGCUAACAGAUGCUCUCUGCCUGGUUCUCCUAGCCAACCCUGCACAUCUGGGGCCAUUUGCUCAGCUGGAUUGGAUCCCAGAGGAUAUGAAAAUUGCACUUAUCCCCUGGCCUCCUGGUGGCAGCUAUUGCUUAGCUGCGAUUUAAGAUUAUCUAGAGACCCUGAGUCAGAUCCAUGGCAAUGGGAUGAAAUAGC